CGCACGUUUGCUUCCGUGUCUGCCCCCAACAGGGAGGGUUACAGGCAAAAUACCGUUUUCCUUCACCGCGGGUGGAAAAUUGGUUCGUGAUUGUUGGUGCGAGUGGAAGUGUGGCGUAGGAGCAGCAGUGUAAUCCGAGGCUCGUAAAGUAGCCCCAUUCGUCCCCGUCGGCCGAGGCUCGUUCCUCGCCGCACCACCGGAGGCGUAAUGAUUGGGAACGCGAAAUUGUCGCUGUUGGCAGUAAUUGCCGUGGCCAUUCUGGCACUGUUAACCAUGUGCGCUGGCUACACGCUACAGAAGAGUAGCGGCAUCGUUCAGGACGAAAGCUUCCUGCAGGAACCGCAUUACCGUGGCAACGAUGAGCUGCUCGAUGUGUUGGCGCACAUGCAGAAAGACUACCCGGAGCUGGCAAAGGUGCACACGAUCGGCCAAUCGCUGGAAGGUCGACCGCUGUCCGUGCUCGAGAUACGUCCGAACGUAAACCGACCGCGGCCGCUGCUCAUGCCCAUGUUCAAGUAUGUGGCAAACAUGCACGGAGACGAAACGGUGGGCCGCGAGUUGCUCCUGUAUUUGGCCCAGUUCCUGCUGGCCAACUACGCGACGGAUCCCGAAAUCGGAGCUCUCGUAAAUGAGACCGCCAUCUACCUAAUGCCCUCCAUGAAUCCGGACGGCUACCAGCGUUCACGGGAAGGUGUCUGUGAGUCGCCAGCGAACUACGUCGGACGAUACAAUGCAGCGAACGUAGACUUGAACCGUGAUUUUCCCGAUCGGUUCGACGACGAACACACCCGACGGUUGGGGCUGCAACGUCGCCAGCCGGAAACAGUUGCCGUGAUGAGCUGGAUUCUAAACAAUCCAUUCGUCCUUUCGGCCAACCUGCACGGUGGUGCGGUUGUUGCCAGCUACCCAUACGACAAUUCUAUUCACCACCACGAGUGUUGCGAAGACAGCCCAACGCCGGAUAAUCGCUUCUUCAAGUAUGCUGCCCUAACGUACGCCGAUAACCACCCCGUUAUGCGCCAGGGACGCGAUUGUAACGAAACCUUCCAGAACGGCAUCACGAACGGUGCAUUCUGGUACGAGCUGAGCGGUGGCAUGCAGGACUUCAACUACGUUUAUACCAACUGCUUCGAGGUAACGCUGGAGCUAAGCUGCUGCAAAUUCCCGUUCGCCAAGGACCUGCCAAAGGAGUGGAACAAAAAUAAGCGCAGUCUGCUCGAGUAUAUGAAGCUUGUCCACGUUGGAGUGAAGGGACUCGUUACCGACAGUGCAGGUUAUGCGAUUAAGGAUGCCGAUGUAAUCGUCAGUGGCAUCGACCGUAACAUGCGCACCAGUGACCGUGGCGAGUACUGGCGCCUGCUGGUUCCAGGAAAGUACAACAUCCGCGUCGAAGCCGUCGGCUACCAUCCGAGCCAGGAGGUUUCAGUGCAAGUUACGGCCGAUCACCCGUUGGUGGUAAACUUCAGCCUGAAAAGCUACGAGAUUCUAGAAGCGCCGUCGAAGGCCGAACAAGUGCGCGUCGUGCGCGAAGCAAUCGAUUCGUACGGUUUUGUGAAAACCCCCGACUUUACGCAUCACAACUACACGGCCAUGGUGAGCUACAUACAAGACCUCGCCGCUAACUAUCCGGCAAUCACGCGUCUCUACUCGAUCGGUAAAUCGGUGCAGGGGCGCGAUCUCUGGGUGAUGGAAGUAACCGAGGGGCCCGGCAAACACGUUGCCGCCAAACCGGAGGUGAAGUACAUCGCCAACAUGCACGGCAACGAGGUGGUGGGCCGCGAGCUGUUGCUGCUGUUGGCCAAGUAUCUGUGCGAAAACUACAAUCAAACCGAGCGCAUUACGAAACUGGUCAGCCACACGCGCCUACACAUACUCUUCAGCAUGAACCCGGACGGGUACGAAGUGGCCGACAUCAACGAUAAGGACAGCCUGAAGGGACGCUCGAACGCGAACAAUGUCGAUCUGAACCGCAACUUUCCGGACCAGUUCGGGCACAAUCAGUACAACGCUCGGCAGGAACCGGAAACCCUGGCCGUUAUGAACUGGUCGCUUGCCAUUCCGUUCGUCCUUUCGGCGAACCUGCACGGAGGUGCGCUUGUGGCUAACUAUCCGUUCGACGAUUCACCAAAGGACUUUGCCUACUCCGGUGGCUACAACGAUCCGCGUACGAAGAAAAAUCCCACGGAGGAGGACGAACUGUUCCAGUAUCUGGCCCACACUUACGCAAACUCACACACGACGAUGCGGCUAGGGAAACCGUGUCCGAACUAUUUGCGCGAAAAGUUCCCAGAAGGCAUCACGAACGGUGCCGCAUGGUACAGCGUCACGGGAGGCAUGCAGGACUGGUCGUAUGUCGUCGGUGGAGCGCACGAGCUGACGCUCGAGGUCGGUUGCGACAAGUUUCCUCCGGCCUCCCAGUUACCCGACUUCUGGAAGCAAAACCGGGAAGCGCUGCUGCAGUACAUCGAGCAGGCACAGCACGGCAUUACGGGGUACGUCCGCAGCACAAUCGGGCACCCGAUUGGGCGGGCCAGUGUGCAGGUUAAUCAGCUCGAGCACGUCACCUACACCGCGCCCGACGGUGACUACUAUCGGCUGCUACUGCCGGGACUGUACAAUGUGACCGCCGAAGCGGAAGGCUAUGAACCGCAGACGCUGCAGAUUCGUGUUCCACCCGAAGCGACCCGGGCGGUCAUUGUUGAUUUCCAGCUAAUGCGUGACGAUCCGCAGCACUGGUCCUCCGCGUACGACUAUCGGACACUGGAGAACGUCAUCCAUACACGUUACCACACGGACGCGGAGCUCAAAACAACCAUGGCCGAGUUCGAGAAUAAGCACUACCAAUCGGUUUCGCUCGAGUUUGGCGGAAAUGAAGUGUCGAUAGCUUAUCCAUCGGUGAAGGUGACCGAUUCGAUCGGUACACCGGAGGAAACGAAACUGCACAUCCUCAUCAUCUCGUCGCUUUUCCAAACGGCCGCCAUCGGUAGGGAAAUGGUCAUGAAUCUGGCACGCCAUGUGCUUGCCGGAUACCUUAUCAAGGAACCCCUGCUCAUUCAACUGCUCCAGAACGCGGUGCUUCACUUCGUACCGGUAAAGAACGACUUCGACGAGAUCCUGAAUCAGUACCGUGCGAACACGUCCAUCUGCAACCCUAGUCUGCACACGGACGAGCUGGCCGAUAAACUGCUGAACGCUGAAACAGACCACCAGAAAGAUAUGUUCCUUCGUAUGCUGAAAGACGAGGAGUACGAUUUGGCCCUCACAUUCUCCGCCGGUGGACACGAUAUAUUCUUCCCGAACACUGACGACAAGGUCGCGAUCUACUCGCGGUUUGCAGAGAAAAUCAAAGGUCACAAGUACCGACAGCCAGCCCAGAGCACGGAACGGUGUGCCGUCGAUGCCGGAAUGUUGCACCAGAUCGAAUCGACACAGCGCCUCACGAACGCUAUCCACAACCUGUACGAAGUCCCACUGUUUACGGUGCAACUCGGGUGCUGCAAGAUGCCCCUGGAAGCAAAUAUUGCCACCGUUUGGCGCCAAAACUUGGAGCGUAUGAUUAACUUUCUUCGACUCAUUGACACCGGCAUCAAGGGCUUCGUGAAGGAUGUGAACGGAAACGGUCUGCGGAAGGCAAUACUACGAGUACGGGGCAAUACUCUUAUCUACAAAGUAACCCCGAAUCUGGCCCACUUCCGCAUCGUUCUGCCAUCCGGUUCGAUGGAGAUCGAGAUCAGCUGCUACAACUACACCUCGCGCAUCGUGCCGAUCACACUGAACGACAAUCAGAUACUGGAUCUGGGUGAUAUCGUGAUGCAGGAAUCGGCACGACCUCGGGAAGGCAUCGUCGCGGCACCCGUCCCACUCGUACCGGAACAAGCACAGCCCGAAAAGCACAAAGAGUUCGCGGUGCUCGCACCGAUGAAAACGAUGAAAGUAUUUCCCCAAGACGGUGGCGUGGCCGUGAGUCCACUAGUGAGCGGCAUCGUGCUCGAUGAGGAUAGCCAUCCGCUACCGAACGCAAAGGUCUACAUUACCGAUGCCGAGCACCGUGAACAGAUCUUUGCCACAGGCCUUACGGGUGCUCUGGGCAAGUUCCAGUUCGAAGGCGUUCCGGCCCAGAAGGAAAUAGUAGUUCACGCCGAACCGGACGGUUACCUGGCGGGCGAAAAAAAAAUCCGCCAGGGACCAUUGGGUGGUAUGACCGGUAUCAUCUUCCGGCUGGUGCGCGACGAACGUGUGCUCGGCAUGCCACGGCUCCUGUUCGUCAUACUGGCCGGCUGUGCCGCGGUCGGAAUCAUCGUCUGUGGCGUCCUGUGCUUCACCUACAUACAGGCUCGACGGCGGAACUCGCGCUACUACUACAACUUUUCGCUGCUCCCGCAAAAGGGCGACGUAAACCGGAAACUGUUCGACGACGACGAGGAAACGGAACUGUUCCGUGCGUCCACCAAAAAGCUGCAGCCAUAUUUCGAUGACGAACGGGACCCGCUUACCGACACGGAAGACGACAGCGAGGAGGAAAUCGUGAUGCUCAAUCCGUCCUUCCGCUCCGCCAGCCAAACGUAACACUUAAUUUGAACCUUUCGCUGUUUCUCAAAUUUGGUGUCUGUCCAACAGACAUGCAAUGUAACCAACAGACUCCGCGUCCUGCGCCUUCCAUCUCAACGUCCUUAUAAUUAUGCUUUUACUAACGAUCAAAUCAAUGUGCAUUACUUCCACGGAACGGCGGGUAGAAAGGGAAACCUUUACUCCAUGUUGCCAGGAGGCAGUAGAUAGUUUAGAAGCGGGUAUGUGCAGUGGAAUUUACUUCUGCUGGUGACGAUCACAGUGAUAAAACGGUACAACGAUGUGGGUGGUCAGAGUGCUGCCGGCAGGAGGAGGUGCAGCAUCAGCAGCAGCUGGUCCUAGAUCCGAAACGUAUUGCACCGACAGUGCAGCGGCCGAGGGUGAUAAUGAGAACCGUAACCAUUCCAUGCUAAUGAAAUUCAAUGUAUGACGAACGACAGUUUUGAGGAUGUUCAGAAACGCAUCGUACGAAAGGGUAGCUGACAAAGAAAUCCACUUGCCAGCGAACGUUAAAAAUGUGUCUGAUUAUGACUCGCAGAAUGGGAACCACACGUUACAAGUUAUAUAAGACUAUCAAUUUCUCUCUAUCUGGACGAUUGAAGUCAAGUAGGCGACGUUCCGUCGAGUAAACGCAAAGCAGAACCAUGGCGGUGUGUGUACAUGUGCCCCAUCAACGGUUCGCUGAGAACGCCCGGUGCAUCCUCGGAACGUUUGAUAGGUUAAUUUAUUAUUUUUAUAAGGAAAACAAUAAACGUGUGUACGUGGUGGUGUAACAUGAA